CUGGUGUGAAAUGGGAUGUUAAAUUAUGUUUCUUCAUGCAGGGAUGGCUUACAGCACAGAAGAAAUUCUUGGCAGGAUGGAGUAAUUGGAACAACCUGUCCAAUCCCACCAGGGAAAAACUUCACAUACAUACUCCAAGCCAAGGACCAAAUUGGCAGUUACUUCUAUUUCCCAUCCCUUGGAUUCCACAAGGCUGCUGGUGCAUUUGGUGGCAUUAGAAUAUGGAGUCGUCCUCGAAUUCCCGUACCUUUCCCUCCUCCCGCCGGAGAUUUCACUGUUCUAGCCGGUGACUGGUACAAGACAAAUCACUAUAUACUGAGACACGUCUUGGACAGUGGCCGCAACCUUCCCUCCCCUGAUGGCCUUCUCAUUAAUGGUCGUGGGUGGAAUGGAUAUACAUUUACAGUUGAUCCAGGCAAGACAUAUAGAUUCAGAAUAUCAAAUGUGGGAAUUGCAACUUCCAUCAAGUGGACUAGGCCUAAUCCCCAAGGCUCUUACCACUAUGGAUUGAUCAAGACUGGCCGAACAAUCAUUCUUGCAAACUCUGCACCUUUUAUCAAUGGCAAGCAGAGGUAUGCUGUCAAUAGUGUCUCAUUUGUUCCUCCAGACACUCCAUUAAAACUGGCAGACUACUAUGGCAUUCCCGGAGUUUUCAACCUUGGAAGUAUCCCUACCAGUCCCACCUGGGGAAAUGGCUAUCUCCAGACUUCUGUCAUGUCUGCGAAUUUCCAUGAAUAUGUUGAGAUUGUGUUCCAAAACUGGGAAAACACAGUUCAGUCAUGGCAUAUUGAUGGUUAUUCUUUCUUUGUUGUUGGGAUGGACGGAGGGCAAUGGACGCCUGCAAGUAGAGCUAAGUACAAUCUGAGGGACACCGUAGCUCGAUGCACGACUCAGGUUUAUCCAAGAGCAUGGACAGCAAUCUAUAUAGCCUUGGACAAUGUGGGAAUGUGGAACAUAAGGUCUGAGGAUUGGGCUAGACAAUACCUUGGACAGCAAUUUUAUCUUAGAGUUUACACUAAUUCACGUUCAUUAAGAGAUGAAUAUCCAAUCCCAAGAAAUGCUCUCCUCUGUGGUCGGGCAAGAGGGCGUCACACACGACCUCUGUGAAUCAUAUAGAUAUCGAUUUGUCACGAGUGGGCGACAAGUGACACGAUUUUUGUGGAGAAGUAUGUAGGUAGCUGCGGGAGAAUGUUGUAACAAUAGCUCAUCUCGAGCUCAGAGUAUUUUACUUGUUUUACGAUGAUACUGCACUUGUGAACCUUCCUACAAAAUAAUAUGCAUUUUUAGUCGCCA